CUGGGAAACCGAGUCCACGCAGUAAAUAAUUCAAGCUCCCAUUCCUUCUCCUCCACCGCUAGGUUAACAAGAUGCCGGCCGUACAUCACAAACUGCUCCUGGAGGAUGCUUUACAGGACAGUCCUCAGACUCGCUCCUUGCUCAGCGUGUUUGAGGAAGAUGCUGGGAUGCUUACAAACUACACCAACCAGCUGCUACAGUCGUUGCAGCGGGUGUUUGGCGCCCAGAGUGAGAUGGGAUUGGCCACAGAGCAGCUCUCACAGCAACUUCUGGACUAUGAGAAGAAAAAUUUCGCCCUUGGAAAAGGUGAUGAAGAGGUAAUCACCACGCUGCAGAACUUCGCCAAAACUGUGGGGGAGCUGAACUCGCUCCACUCUGAGCUAGCCAACCAGAUGGCUGACAGCAUGGUCUUCCCAUUGAUCCAGUUCCGAGAGAAAGACCUCACAGAGAUAAGCACACUGAAGGAAAUAUUUGGCAUCGCCACUGAUGAACAUGAGGCAGCCAUGGUCAAAUACAGCCGAUUGCCCAAGAAGAAGGAGAAUGAGAAGCUGAAGUCAGACUUGGUGAAAGAGGUGGCCUACACUAGAAGGAAGCAGCACCAGGCCUCACUGCAGUAUUACUGCGCCCUCAACGCCCUGCAGUAUCGCAAGAGAGUAGCUAUGCUCGAACCUAUGCUAGGCUACACGCAAGCACAGAUCAGCUUCUUCAAGAAAGGCAUUGAGCUGGUGUCAAAGAAGAUGGACAACUUUCUCUCCUCCGUGUCCAACAUGACACAAAAUAUCCAGGCCCAGCUAGAUGCGGAAGCGGAGGCCAUGCGUGGGUCUCAGAGGGAGCUUUUGUCUGUGGAGGACACUGUCUACAUGCCAGAUAAGGACACUGAGCCCGUCAAUCGCACGCUUAUCCAGAAGGCUGGCUACCUCAACAUUAGGAAUAAAACAGGCCUAGUCACCACAGCAUGGGACAGACUGUACUUCUUCACCCAGGGAGGGAACCUCAUGUGCCAGCCACGUGGGGCGGUGGCGGGGGGCAUGGUGCUGGACCUGGACAACAGCUCCGUCAUGGCGGUGGAGUGCGAGGACAGACGUUACUGUUUUCAGAUAACCUCCCCCUCGGGCAAAACGUCAAUGAUUCUACAAGCAGAGAGCAAAAGGGAAUAUGAAGAAUGGAUUUGCACUGUGAACAACAUCUCCAGACAGAUCUACCUGACUGACAACCCAGAGGCUGUGGCCAUCCGUCUGAACCAAACCGCCAUCCAGGCAGUCACCCCCAUCACCAGCUUUGAGAAGAGACCAGAAGGCUCACCCAACCCUGACAGAGCAAAGCCAGGGGGCAUACAUGCUGCCAGCAGCGAUUCCCAGAAGACAGGGGCUACUCCGGAACCGGAGGAUCUGAUAGCCCCUGGGACACCCAUUCAGUUUGACAUCAUGCUGCCGGCCUCCGAGUUUCAGGACCAAAACAGAGCAGGGGGGAGACGCACAAAUCCGUUUGGAGAAACGGACGAUGACUGUUCAACAGAAAGUGACGACUCCCUCCUGCAGCAAGUAUUCGCCGUGCGCUUCCUGGGCUCAAUGGCAGUGCGCUGUGGCAACAAUCAGGAAGUCAUCUACGAGGCCAUGAGGCAGGUUUUGGCUGCCCGAGCCAUCCACAACAUCUUCAGGACCACCGAGUCCCACCUCAUGGUCACCAGCAGUAGCCUCAGGUUGAUUGACCCUCAGACUCAAGUUACCAGAAUAAGCUUCCAGCUUGGAGAGGUGUGCCAGUUUGCAGCCCACCAAGAGAAUGGGAGGCUGAUGGGAUUUGUGGUUGAGGGCAGAGACUGGAGCGACGGCGAUGAGGAGGGAGAGCCCUCGUUUAGCGCCUUCGUCUUCGAGAGCAACACAGAGGGCGAAAAG